GCGCGUCCAAGUCAUCACUCGUCCCACCACCACUACCACCUGCCAUCAUCCUUGCAUCCACGCUCUAACGCUUUCCUCUGUCCUUUCAACACUUUCCACAGCACCGUACGCCCACAACCCGAGUGUCCCAAUCACCACACCCGCCGAGGAGCGGGAGCGAGCAACAUGGCCGAAGACGCCGGCCGGGGCUUCACUCUGCAGCACCAACGCAAUGUUAUCGAGAUCGACUUUGCAGGCGCGCUUUAUGGCACUGCGCACCUCACGAUCCAGCCGACCAACCCUCAGCUGCGGGCAGUGUUCCUGCAUGUGUCGCCGCUUAUCGAUAUCAGCGCCGUGACGCUCUCCAGUCCGACUGACGCGGAUCCGCUCCUUCCCACCCCGGCCACGUAUAGUGUGGUCAACCCAUUCCAACCGCUCCCAGUGCGCGAACCGCCUAUCGAUCUCAAGAGCCAUCAGGAGAUCAAGCGAAAGACGUGGGCCGCGCUGGGCGAGAAGGAUGAGGGCGAACUCGCCAUCUCUGUGUCGCACGGAUGGGUGCGCCUUGUAGAGGAGCCGCAGGGGGAGACGGUUGCUGUCAAGCUGGCACCAAUCCAAAUUCAGAUCGACUACUCUCUCAACAUCGGUGGGGAGGUCACUGAGGGUAUUGUCUUUCGCCGCCCAGGCGAUGGUGGAGAUGAAUCACAAAUCCCGCAUAUGUUUCUUUCGCCGACGACGUGCGACGCAGCGCGGAUAUGGACUCCAUGUGUCGACAGCCUGUGGGAGCGCUGCACUUGGGAGCUUGAGUUCAUCGUGCCGCGAUACAUCGAGGGCGGCGAACCGCGCGGUGACAACGACGCCUUUCCCACCAUGGUUGUUGCCAGCGGUGAACUGGAAUCACAGUCGACGCAUCCGCACGACCCACACAAGGUCAUCUUCUACUACAUACAGACCACGCCCGCGUCUGUGCAACACAUUACCUUUGCUGCCGGCCCAUUCGAGAUGCUCCAGGUCCCCGUGAUCCAGGGGCUCACCGGCAGCGAGUCGCAAAAGCCGAUCCUCGGCUUCUGCUUGCCUGGUCAGCUCGAUGAGCUCGCGACAUCGACGUCCUUCUUGUCGAGAGCCAUGUGCUUCUAUGGCUCCGAGUUUGGGUCAUUCCCGUACUCGGCAUACAAGAUGGUCUUCGUCUCAAACCCGCGCGCACAGAGCUCUGUCGCUGUGUCAAUGGGCGUGUUUUCGUCCGACCUCCUCCACCCGGCCAACGUUAUUGAUCAGGCGAUCGAGACUCGCCAGCACCUCUCACUCGCGCUGAUUCAGCAAUGGGUCGGUGUGAACAUUAUUCAGCGGACGCUUUCAGACACCUGGCUGAUCACUGGUCUGGCCCUAUACCUCCACUCCCUCUUCAUCCGGCAUCUCCUCGGAAACAACGAGUACCGGUUUCGAUUGAAGAAGGACAUGGAUCGCUGCGUACGCGAGGACCAGGGCGACCAGCUGCCCCUGUGUAUGCCUGGUGCAAUCGAUCCUCCCUCUGCUUCGCAGUCGGCGUUCAUGAGCCUCAAGGCGCCCCUCGUCCUUUACAUUCUUGACCGUCACAUUGCCAAGUCGGGAACGAACUUGGGACUGUCGAGGGUGAUCCCGCGCAUCUUCCUCGCGUCGCUGUCCGAUGAGCUGCCAAACAAUAUGCUCUCCACCUCAUACUUUUUCCGACUGUGUCGCAAGGUCAGCGGCAUGGACCUUCUCUCCUUCGCGGAUCAGUGGGUAUACGGCAGCGGUUGUCCAAUCAUCUCGAUCCGAACCAACUUCAUCCGCAAAAAGUUCCUUGUGGAAUUUACGGUGGAGCAGACCCAGCCCGCCCUGGCGGCCGCGGACGCGUUGGAUGCGAAGGGCAAGGAAGCGUUCCUCGCCAAGAAGAGGCCUACACCGUUCUUUGAGGGGAGUCUUACUGUGCGCAUCCAUGAGGCAGACGGUGCACCCUUUGAACAUCUUGUCGACAUCAAAACGAAUAAGAAGACGUUUCCGCUGCCGUUCAACACCAAGUAUAAGCGUACAAGGCGAAGUGGGCAUGUUGCUGCGCGAUUUUCCAAGCUGCAAGAUGCUCUGGCACAGGCUGAGGACAACGACGAAGACCAGGAGGCAGAGCUACGGGACCUCGACCGCGGCGAGGUAUUUGCUUACCCGCCAUGGGAUGACGAGGAGGAGCAGCGCAAAUGGCGUGUGCACGACUGGAGCGAGGAAGAUGCGCAGGCCAUGUUGGGCGAAGGCGGCGGCUACGAGUGGAUCCGCGUCGACCCCGACUUGGAAUGGCUCGCCAUAUUCGAGAUUCACGAGAAGCCUUGGUUCUGGAUCUCCCAGCUGCAGGGUGAUAGGGAUGUUGUGGCGCAACUGCAGGCCAUUCAAAGGAUGACCAUGUACUCGUCCCCGGUAAUCGCUAGUGAGCUGGCACGCACAGUGUUGGUGGAAAACUACUUCUACCGCGUGCGCAUGGAGGCCGCACGUGCGCUUGUAGCCUACAACACUGCAGAGGCCGACUACAUGGGUGGCUUCUGCCUGAUGAAGUUGUUCCACACGUACUACUGCAAGCCGACGGAGGAGGAAGAUCCGACAUUAGCUCCGAUACACGUCCUUCCAAACGACUUUUCCAACUUCGCUCAAUACUUUUUGAAGAAGAGCAUGAUCACAGCAAUGUGCGAGUUGCGAGAUCCACACACUCGCAUGGUUUGGCGACAUGUUCGGCGGCUUCUCCUUGAGCUCCUCCAGCAGAACGACAACAGUUUGAACGAGUAUUCGGAGUCACACUACCUCGCAACGGUCAUCAGUGCCAUCGGCUCGGCGUUUUCCGCUGGCACGAACAUCGCGACAAAUCUCACGGAACGAGACAAGGAACUCGAUGCGCAGAUGUUCCGCGAGGCCAUGGAUGCGAACGAGCGCGCCAUCACUGUCGACCGCCUCGUGCCGAGCUACCACAAUGUCGUUACGCAGGCCGGACUACAGGCGCAAAUGAAGUCCAUCCUUGUUGGGCAGCGUACCAACGACCCUCGCAUGUUUUUGCACUACACACGUGAAGGAAACUACGAACCACUGCGCCUAAUGGCAUUUGACUGCCUCUUGCUGUGCAAGUCGCCCGGGCGCAGCCAGUCAUUGGCGCAGUAUCUCUUCCACGUGAUUCGUGAGGACUAUUCGCUCACCGUGCGGCGCCAUGUGGCGAGGGCCUUUUCCGAGUCAAUUCUCAUGACUCUGGCGGUCGGUGAGGUGCACAUGAGUGCGCCGCCGAGCGGUAUCGUCGAGGUCACGGAUAACCUCGAGCAGCGUGAGAGGGAAAGGGAUCAGGAACAGGCCAAGAUUGUCAAGGCAGUGCGAAAGGAGUUCAACUCGAAGCCUGAGCUUCGGCAAGAGUUGCUGCAGACUUUGACCAGCGCAUUCACGGGCACUGACCGCGAAAUCCUCUUCGCCCUCAUCAAGGCCGCUGAGGUCAUAAGCACAACAGUGCCCGAGCCGAAGCCUGGUGCAAUCAUCAAGCUGCAAACGCCUAUCACGGAAGGCCCUCCGGAAGUUCCACAUGCACCAAAGAUCCGCUUCAGCAUGACACCUUCGACGCCUGUCGAUCCGCGCGGGGCCGAGGCCACGGAUUAUGGGUUCCCGCGCCCUGCACCAGUGGAGGCUAACGCCGCUGCUGGAGCUUCUGCGCCUAUCAAGCUUGUUCUCAACAAUUCUGGUCCUCCCAAGGACAAGAAGAAAAAGAAGAAGAACGUACCCAAGGCGCAGGCAGCCGGCCUGUCAGACGACGACUUCAAAGCCAUGACGCAUGUGCUUGGCAAACUUCAGAGCGACAAACGAUCGGUAUUCUUCCGUCAUCCGGUCGACCCGGUGCGUGACCAUGCACCCGACUACAAUGCCAUCAUCAAGCGUCCCAUGGACCUAAUGACCGUGAACGCCAAGUUCGAGGGCGGUCAGUAUGCGGCACGCAAGGAGUUUGAAGACGACAUUCGACUCAUCAUCUCCAACUGCUACCUGUACAAUCCAGUCGGCGCCCCCGUUCGCAGGGCCGGCGAGGCCUUCGAGAUCAUGUUUGACCGUCUGUGGAAAAAGACGGAAAGGACCCUCAAUGCUUCCAGUGGAGUGGAUUCGACACCGCCGUCGCCGAAGGCGCCUGCGCCGGAGGCUAAGCUGAUGCCUCCUCCUCCAGUGCCGGGAACCAGUGGACCAAAGAUAAAGCUGAAGCAGCCCAAGACGGUCACCAUCGACACCGGGCCCGCACAGAUGGCGCCUCCACCAGUGCCGAAGAGGGCGGCACCACCUCCCCCCAAAGAGAAGGAGAGGCCGGCCAAGAAAAAGAAGGUCUCGAUGGUCGACGACCUGCUUGGGGCGGAGAUUGACUUGCUGGAGGGCACGGCGCCUGCACCGAUGAAGUCAGCUAAGUCGCGCCCACGCUCUUCGCCGGACGAGGCUCUGGAGGAUCUGUUGAGCAGCGCUCUGCCACCGGCAAAGAAGGUCAAGUUGAACAACACGAAGUCUAAGGCGCCAUCGUCUGGCGGAUCGUCGUCAGGUGCGCCGUCCAUGGCUGGCAGUCCUGCAUUCGUGCCGCGCGACCAUAGCCCCGCAUUUGUUCCCCGCGACAAGGGCGAGAAGUCGAAGCCUGAUCCCAAGCUCGCCAAGCGGGCGCCAAUUGAGAGCUCGAGGAAUAAGCUCGAGGGCAAGGGCAACGAGCGGGAGCGCAGUGCAGAUUGGGAGGGGCGAGACGGUAAGCGCGGCGAGUCAGCAAAACCGCGCAUCGAUGCGUUCAAGCCGCGCAGUUCAGACGCGAAACGCGGCGACAGCUCCAAGGCGCCGAAGCCGACCCCCGAGUUCCGAGAGGCGCUCAAGAAGCCCGAGAAGAAGACGAAGGAGAAGCCGCGCGAGCGAACACUCUCGCCCGCACGACCACCCGGCGUCCCCGUUUUCUCACCACCACCGCCGAUCGACUCGUUAUUGUCUGGCCCUAUUCUUGCGCAACCCAUCGUUGCGCGCACGACCGCGGCGCCUGCGCCCGCAAAUACCUCGCCCGUGCCUCCCCAGCCUACCCCGAGCAUGGCUUAUACGCCUCUGCCGGUACAAUGGCCGAAGCCGCCCGCGGACCUGCCGCCCACCGUGGGCAACACAAUGCCUUUCAAGCAGAAACGUGCCAAGGCCCUGGUGCAAGCGCUAAUCAAGGACCCUGCCGCCUUAUACUUCCUCAGGCCCGUCGAUCCUAUCCGCGAUGGCUGUCCGACGUACUACGAGGAAAUCAAGCAUCCUUCGGACUACCAGUCGAUCAUGAAAAAAAUCGACGGGAAGAAGUACCGCACGAUGGGCGAGUUGGCUAGGGAGAUUGAGUUGAUUUUUGCAAACUGUCGCCAGUUUAACCCGCCUGGUCCUAUCACGGAUAUGGCGGCCAAGAACGAGGCACUUUACUGGAAGGAAUGGCAACGCGCUGUCAACCCACGCAUGACGCCGGAUGAGCGCAAGUUGAUGCUGUCGGCGAUCAACCGCGCGUUCAAGGAGCAGGUGUCGUUUAUCUUCCGCGAGCCGGUUGACCCGGUUAAACUCGGGAUUCCACAGUACUUCGAUAUUAUCCCAAAGGAGGAGGCCCGCGACUUGACAUUCAUCAAAGCCAACUUCGAGAGCGGCACAUACCUUCAGGCGCGCGAGGUGGACGAGGACUUCGAGCUCAUGCUCGAGAAUGCCCGCGUAUUCAACGGUGAGGGUCCGAUCACCGAUCUGGCCAACCAGUUUGGGCAAUGGUGGAAAGCCCAGAGGGCGAAGAUGGAUGUGUAGGCGCGGGUCGGGUAGCUCCAAGGCGAAUAGGGAGAAUGCCAGCAGAUGACGGGGAGUUUGUUGAGGCGCAAGAGGUCCGAGAAGGGACCGCAGCAGUACACAUAAUUCCACAAUAGCAGAUGGCAUCCAUCGUGUAUGUACUACCCGCGCACCGAUUCUCAUGCAUGGGGGGUGUAUC